UGCGUGUCCCUAACUCAUAUCGUCUGUGGCCCGGCUUCAAGGAUGGACUGUGCUCUGCUGCUGCUGUCCCUGUGGGCUCUGACUGGAACGGCGUCCCCGCAGCCUUCAGGGACGUGUCCAGAGAGGCUUCUGGGAGAAGAGAGGAAGAGGACGUGUCCUCGGCCCUGCAAAGUUGACAAAGACUGCGGGAGCAAACGUCAGUGUCUGUGCGACGGCCACUGUGGUCUCAGCUGUGUGGCUCCAGGUCGUACUUGUCCGUGGCCUCUACCCCACAGUGACAAGUCAGAAGCUCGCCUCCUCUCUCCCACUCACUCCUUCUCUGCCCUUCUUGAAGUGCGCUGCAAGCCAGGAUUUGCGUUGUCCAAUGGCUUGGAUGUCACUAUUCGCCGUUGUCAAGGCGACCGACAGUGGAGUGGGGAUGAGCCCAUCUGCACAGAGGCUUCUUUGCCUGAAGCUGCAGCUGUCCCAACCUGCCCUCUGCCUGAGGAAGUGAUCAACACCUUCAGCGUCCAGGGUGACGCCGCCGUGGGGACUUCUAUCCGCUACAGCUGCCUGUCUGGGGCAGAUAUAGUGGGCAGCAGUGAAAAUUUCUGCCAGGACAAUCAGACCUGGCAGAAUCCUCACCCCAUCUGUAAAAGUGUGUACUGCAAGCCUCCUCGAGAGGUGGAGCAGGGCUAUGUGGUGGCGGUACAAAAGACCGAAUAUGAGGUUGACUUCGACAUCCACUACCUGUGCAAAAAGAACUUCCUUUUGGAUGGACCCCAGAAGAUCACCUGUCUGACAAAUGGCAGCUGGAGUGCAUCGCCCCCUCACUGUAGAGCUCGCUGCCUCAUACCUGCCGAGCGAAGCCGCGUGGUGAUUGGUGGAAUAAAGCGCUGGCCAUUUGAUGUUACUGACGCCAUGGUUCCCCACGGGGAAAAUGUUACGUUCUUCUGCAAACAUCCUCGCAAGCAGUGCAGCUUCACUGCAACCCAGACCUGCUUUGACGGAAAGCUGCAGACACCUGCCUGCUACCUCGAGCCCACAUGGUUGCAGUUUAAACUCUUCCCUCAUCGACUGGUCUCUGAAAUCGAGGCAUGUGAGCCCGGUGACGUGGAGUGAUGGCCUGCACGUCUGACCUCAACCCAUCCUCAACAGUUAUGACAUCGUGUCACACACUUCCUGAUACACACCAGUUCCAUAGCCCAUCACCCCGUCCCCCAUGCAGUUUUGCUUCAACUCUCCGUGCUAUGAUCUGUUUCGUCACAGUCUCUUUCACGGCUCUUGUGGAUCAGCAGCUCGUGGCCUCACGUGUUUCAACACUGCUCUUAGCCUUUUGCCUCUUAGUUCUGCUUACUAUCAAGCUGCAGGCAUAAUAAACACAGCUAAAGCAUUACUUUGAUACUCAUCCAGCUUGAGCCUCUGCGUACUGCGGAUGUAUUCAUAAGAUUUCCGAGAUGUUGUUUGUUUAGUACGUGCUACUGUAUAGCAGAUACGCCAGUGAUGAUACAGCCAUGUAGUUUUAUUCAUGUUCACGUGACUCUGUGAUGUUUCACUGUGUCAUCUCUCUUUUGCUCUGUUGACGCAUCAAGUCUUGAGGCUUGUAAGUUUUAAUGAUGUGUGUGGUUUGAAAUAAAAUAAUGUCAAAAUGG